GAGAAUGCAAAGAUGUUGGAGCCUGGCUUUUCGUUGAUGACAACACAAAAGCAAGAGGCGGUUUGCGAAGAGGUUGACGAUGUUCUGAAGAAGCUUCAGCACUCGCAUGGAAAUGGACGAUGGAAGGACAAACUGCUCAUCCGUGACGCAAUUGCGGAUAUUGCUCUGCAGCAGGCAAGGAUGCAUGGGACGUGGUAACCUCCUCUACCCAUUUCUUUUGUCAUUUAUGAUUUUUCAGACGACCACACCAAAUUCACGAACAAAUAGUAAAAAAAAAA